UCCUGACCUCAUUAGUCAGAUCCAGAGCCAACAACCGCUUUGAACUGUUGUCUGGAGAGCCGCUUUAAAUAUUUCUAAACAUGUUGGGAAGUGAGAAAACUCUGACCUGUGCACCUUGCAAUAACAAUGUAGGGUUCCUGCAAAGGACCAACAGCCUGGAAGACAAGGGCCGGAUCGUUAGCUCCCUGAAGGAAAGGCAGUCCUCCAAGAGCCUGCUGGCAUGCGAGAGCAACGGGAAGGAGUCCAGGUUCCGGCGCACCGAGACAGACUUCUCCAAUUUGUAUGCCAGAGAUUUGCUGCCCGCCAAGAAUGGCGAGGAGCAGACCAUGCAGUUCCUGCUGGAGGUCGUGGACAUCCUUCUCAACUACGUGAGAAAGACGUUUGACAGAUCCACCAAAGUGCUGGACUUCCACCACCCGCAUCAGCUCCUGGAGGGCAUGGAGGGCUUCAACCUGGAGCUGUCGGACAACCCCGAAUCCCUGGAGCAGAUCCUGGUGGACUGCCGGGACACGCUGAAAUACGGAGUGAGGACAGGGCAUCCUCGCUUUUUCAAUCAGCUGUCCACGGGACUGGACAUCAUUGGCUUGGCUGGGGAGUGGCUGACAUCAACUGCUAAUACAAACAUGUUUACCUACGAAAUUGCCCCUGUUUUUGUCCUCAUGGAACAAAUAACACUUCGAAAGAUGAGAGAGAUUAUUGGAUGGUCAAAUAAAGAUGGGGAUGGAAUAUUCUCACCUGGAGGAGCUAUCUCCAACAUGUACAGCAUAAUGGCUGCACGCUACAAGUAUUUCCCUGAAGUCAAAACCAAAGGCAUGGCUGCAGUCCCUAAACUGGUUCUCUUCACCUCAGAACAUAGUCACUACUCAAUAAAGAAAGCUGGAGCUGCACUUGGAUUUGGAACAGACAAUGUGAUUUUGAUAAAAUGCAAUGAAAGAGGGAAAAUAAUACCAGCUGAUUUGGAGGCAAAAAUUUUGGAAGCAAAACAAAAGGGAUACAUUCCUCUCUUUGUGAAUGCAACUGCAGGCACAACUGUGUUUGGAGCCUUUGAUCCAAUAGAAGAGAUUGCAGAUAUAUGUGAAAAAUAUAACCUCUGGCUUCAUGUAGAUGCUGCCUGGGGAGGUGGACUCUUAAUGUCUCGAAAGCAUCGUCAUAAAUUGAAUGGAAUAGAAAGAGCCAACUCAGUCACUUGGAACCCACACAAGAUGAUGGGAGUGUUGUUACAAUGUUCUGCCAUUCUUGUCCGGGAGAAGGGUAUACUUCAAGGCUGCAAUCAAAUGUGUGCAGGCUAUCUCUUCCAGCAAGACAAACAGUAUGAUGUAUCCUAUGACACGGGAGAUAAGGCAAUACAGUGCGGUCGACACGUGGACAUUUUCAAAUUCUGGUUGAUGUGGAAGGCAAAGGGUACAGUAGGAUUUGAAAAUCAGAUCAACAGAUGCCUGGAGCUGGCAGAAUAUCUCUACACUAAAAUCAAAAACAGAGAAGAAUUUGAGAUGGUUUUUGAAGGGGAGCCAGAACAUACAAAUGUAUGUUUUUGGUAUAUUCCGCCGAGUCUCAGGGGCAUGCCAGACUGUGAUGAGAGAAGAGAAAAGUUACACAGGGUAUGUGUUUUUUUUAAAGCGCUGAUGAUGGAGUCAGGUACUACCAUGGUUGGAUACCAGCCUCAGGGCGAUAAAGUCAACUUCUUCCGAAUGGUCAUCUCAAACCCUGCAGCAACUAAGUCUGACAUUGACUUCCUCAUUGAAGAAAUAGAGAGAUUGGGGCAGGAGCUGUAGUACAGUGGCUGAAUUAUUUAUUUCUCUAAUUCACUGUUUUCCAGCACUGGCUAUUUUUUUAACCCAGUUCUGCAGAACAUGUUUUAAGGAAAUUAUCUUUCUGUAAGUUCCAGUCUCCUAAGACAUUGUUAAACAACACAACUAUAGGCUACUGAAACAUAUAUGUAUUGGUAGAUCAUAUUACUGAGGGAAAAUGUAUUAUCUUGAAGUUGAAGUACUACUGACUCUCACAUUGGUCUUGUUUAUUGUAGUCAGCAGGAAAUUAAUAAGUACUAAGAUAGCAAAUUAAGAACUCUGCACAGUAUAUAUGUACAGUAUAAAUAAAUAUAUAAAUAUAUAUAUAUACAUACAUAUAUAUAUAUAUAUGAAGUGGUUAUAAACUUAGAUCUAAGCCACAGCAUGUUUUCCACUUUAAGAGAAUUAACUUUUCCUUCAACAACCUAAUGACGUGGAUAAUGUGCUACAGGUUUUUCCGCCAGGUAAAAAUAGACAUAUAGAAACAUUUCUAAAACAUAGAGUCUUAGGAGCUAAGGAAAAUGUAUAACAAUAUUAAAUCUUAUUGUUGGUGCUUCUCUCAUGUACAAAACAGCAAUCUCUAACAGCACCUUCGAGUAAAAUAGUUGUAUUUCCCCUUUAGUGUCACAUCAGGGGAUAAUAGUAGCACAGUCAUUGUAACAGGUAUAUUAUUGCUGUAUUUUUAGAGGUUAAUUUGUGUAGAUUGUGUAUAUUAUUGUUAAAUGACUUUGUGUAAAAGGAUUUAAAUGUAAUAGUUUUACAGCAAGAUAACUGUUGAAUUGUAGGUAUAUGAAAUAUUUGCUUAUUUAUAUGCAGAGAUUUACCAUGCUGAAGAGUUGUCUUGUAUUUUCUUCCAUUUGUAAUGUAUCCUAUUUAUAUAUUAUUGAAGUUCUAAAUAAUGUUUAUGGUAUUUUAGUGUCUUUGUGAGCCAAAGAAAAAAUACAAAAAUAUUAGUUGACACUUUCAUUUAAAUCCUAGUGCCCUUAAAAUAAUAACUUGCAGAUAAUUCUACUGAAUAUAAGGAAUUCUAACAUUGGUCUAAACUGUCAAAUGAUGAGAUCCCUUUAAUCAAUUAGAAUUUUCAAUUUUAUUUAUUGUAAUGUCAGACUGUCUGUUCAGUGUUCUGAAUGCUUUCCUAGUGAAUAUUGGUUGCUAACCAAGGCCCCUGUUUUUGAGUUGUAUUUCAGGACUAAUCUCUACAACCAUUUUAACUAAAUUCUGUGGGUGUUUUAACCGGGAUCGUUCUUCUAGUGAAAUGAAAUUCACUAUGUGUUUGGAGCUUAUGAAAUAAAUAAAACCAAAAGUAAUAUCAAAAUCUUUAAAUACAGCUGGCUUAUCAGAACAGUUUCAACUGGCUAGACUUUUCAAAGUAUAGACACCAGAGUCACCUGCAGCUUGUUCAGUUUUAAUGAUUAGAUAAUCAGUACCUCCAAGUGGAAAACUCCAUAAUGGAAGCAGAGUAGUGGAACAAAAUGAAGAUUCAAUAACCCUCUGUCUACUGAGUUACUGUCAUGGUGAUAAAUGGAAUAUGAUAAUUUCAAAUAUUUAAAUACGUGAUUCUAUGUCUAUCUUCUAUGCAAGU